UUAAUUUUUUUAAUAACUUUCUCCCGGGUCUUCCUUUCUCCCGGCUCCUACUUUUUGCAUAAAGGGGAGCAAAGUUGUGUUGCAAGUGCCCACCGACUGCCACGUCCCGCUUAGCCUCCAUCCCUCCCAGCCCCACUUGGUUUUGUGUUUUGUUUUGUUUUGUUUUUUAAUUGAAAGCGGCGACGCUACCGCUCGGUGUUUAUUUUGUUUCACGCCCGCUAGCUUCGCGUGCUCGGUGCCGGCGGCGGCGGGGCGGCGGAGCGGCGUGGACCUCAUGUAGAAAUGACAACAAUGGAAGGGGCCAGCGGGUCGAGUUUUGGAAUAGACACGAUUUUGUCCAGUGCCAGCUCGGGCAGCCCCGGCAUGAUGAAUGGAGAUUUCCGCCCGCUCGGCGAGCCCAGGACCGCGGAUUUUAGGAGUCAGGCCACUCCAUCCCCCUGUUCGGAGAUUGAUACCGUAGGAACGGCGCCUUCUUCUCCCAUCUCGGUCACCAUGGAGCCCCCGGAGCCGCACCUGGUAGCAGACGGGUCCCAGCACCACCACCAUCUCCACCACGGCCAACAGCCACCGCCCGUCGCGGCCCCCACGCAAAGUUUGCAGCCUUCGCCGCAACAGCAGCCGCCGCCACCGCAGCAGCAGCAACAGCAGCAGCAGCAGCAGCCCCCGACCCAGCAGCUCGGCUCUGCCGCCUCGGCCCCCAGGACUUCCACCUCUUCUUUUUUAAUUAAGGACAUCUUGGGCGACAGCAAACCUCUGGCGGCGUGUGCACCCUACAGCACCAGCGUCUCCUCUCCUCACCACACCCCCAAGCAGGAGAGCAACGCAGCACACGAGAGCUUCAGGCCAAAGCUCGAGCAGGAGGACAGCAAGACCAAACUCGACAAGCGGGAAGAUUCCCAGAGCGACAUCAAAUGCCACGGAACAAAGGAAGAAGGAGACCGGGAGAUCACAAGCAGCCGGGAGAGUCCCCCUGUGAGAGCCAAAAAGCCCCGAAAAGCCAGGACGGCUUUUUCUGACCACCAACUCAAUCAACUGGAACGUAGCUUUGAGCGGCAGAAGUACCUGAGUGUGCAGGACCGCAUGGACCUAGCAGCUGCGCUCAACCUCACUGACACCCAGGUCAAGACCUGGUACCAGAAUCGCAGGACUAAGUGGAAGCGGCAGACGGCCGUGGGCCUGGAGCUGCUGGCCGAGGCGGGGAACUACUCAGCGCUGCAGAGGAUGUUUCCGUCGCCUUAUUUCUACCACCCGAGCCUGCUGGGCAGCAUGGACAGCACUACCGCGGCGGCGGCAGCCGCAGCCAUGUACAGCAGCAUGUACCGGACUCCUCCCGCGCCCCACCCCCAGCUGCAGCGGCCCCUGGUGCCCCGAGUGCUCAUCCACGGCCUGGGGCCCGGGGGCCAGCCCGCCCUCAACCCCUUAUCCAACCCCAUCCCAGGAACCCCGCACCCCCGGUGAAGAAAGAGCAGCGGCGUGGCGGCCCCUCCCCACCCCCUCCCCAGCUCGGACGGCGGCCCCUCCUCUCCCGGCGCCGAGCUCCGCGGCCGACCCGGAGCCGACCCGGGCGGAAAGUGAGAGGAAGACUCUCGGCCGCGGGCCGGGCCGGGGCGGGGCGGGGCAGGCGGGGCCGGCCCUGCGUUCUGCAUCUCCCCUCCCCGGAGACGGGGCUGAAGCGCCUCCGCAGUGUGACUGGCGGGAACGCUGAACCCACACAGAGUGCGAGCAGUAAGUUUUAAAACGGCAACAAAAACAGAACCUCAAGUUCUUUUUAAAAAUGACUUUAGGGACAAGCAGAGGGGAGGGGGGAGGGGCGAGGAGGGCAGGAAGAAGGCGCGGAGAGCGACCAGCACAGGCAGAGAGAAGAGUAGACGGACGGACAGACCCGGAUUCCGAGGCAGAGGGCGUUGCCGUGGACACCCCGUCUGCCCCAGAGAAAAGAGGAGGGUAACUGAGAACUUUGCACUGAUUUCUCAUGACCUUUUUUCGUUUGGAAAAGUGGCAUGCUCCAUAAUAUGAAAAAAAAAUGUACAUUUGAAAGACUGAGUGAUAAGUGAUAUAUCAUAUUUAUUAUAUGUCGUCCAAAAAAGAGUCACUUAUAUACGUUAGUAAAACAUUUUUCUUUUCAUGUCUUUUUGAUUCAGUAAAAUAAAUGCUUAGACAAAAAUAUAGAUUUUUUUGUGAUUGAAAAUUACAAAAAUAAAGUUUAUCUUUUUUUAACAA